UAUCCCAACCAAGCGCUGAAUCGUCAUCUCCCUCCAGUCAAUCAUUUCUCGAAAAAAGUUAAUCGCCCUUAUUUAAAGGGGACCUUUCCUCACACCAUGUUCAUUGAUAUAACCAAAAGCUUCUUUGCUCCUUUAUUUAGGGCUAUUAAUUCACUUCCUAAAACAUUUACUAAUGUUGUUGUUAGUGCCGCCACUUGUUUUGAAAUCCCUUUUACCUCCCUCUUGGCUCCUGAUACCGCUUCGUUAGAUGCUUUACCUCGUUCUAUUGCUCAUCUUCCUGGUUCAUUUGCUUACACUCAUAACCAGGACUACUAUUAUUGCUCCAGAUCCCGUCGUCGUGAGGAAUGGUCUACCCAUCAAUAUCUCGCAUCCAAAAUACUUAACAUGGUGAGUAAAGAUGAAGUUAAAUUAGCUCCAUUUUUUGUCCGCACCUUUAUUCCACCUCCACAAGCGCUAGGUUUUAAUCCUGUCUCCGAUCACAACUUAGUUGUUAUAUCCCCCUUUUUUUAAUUGAUCUUCAAUUAAUGCUUUCUGCUGACCAUCGCACUCGUC